AUGCCAAGGCCACCACGUCCAACAAGUUACACUGAGGAAGUCCCAGAACAACCGGAGGUCCAUGUCGAUAUUGAGGAUGUUGAAGAAGAAGAAAUAGUUAUAGAGCCAGAAGAUGAUAUUAAAAAGAAACCUAAGAAAAAGUUUUUUAAUUUUAAAAAGACCACUGAUGAUGAUGAAGAGGUAAUAAAGCCAAGUAAAACGAAAGACACCUCUAGUUCUGUGAAUGUUCAAGCCACUGGAAAUGUAUACAAUAUAGUAAAUUCUUCAAAAGUAAGAUUUGGUAAUGACUACUAUUUAUCACCACCAAGUAAAACUACCAACCAAAGUCAAUCUGAAGAGCAUAUUGAAAAAGAUAAUCUCAUCACACUCCUCAUGGAAGCUACCAUAAAGCCUGAUCAUGAUUACAUUGACUACAUUUCUAAGAACCUGGGAAGGAACUGGCACACAUUCUUUAGAACACUUGGCUUCUCUCAGGGCAGAAUUGAAACAGCUGAAAUCGAUGCUGGUGCUUAUGGGAUAUGUGAGGCUCGCUACAAACUGCUACUAGACUGGGUGAACAAUGAUGAUGAUGGCACUCUCGGUGGUUUAACAAAAAAGCUGUGGGAGGAGGGCGAAAGAAGCACUGUCAAGGCACUCUCUGCUAUGUACAAGAAAAGUAAAAAGUAA